GCAGUGCGCGAGACGCCGCCGCCUGCCGCGCCGCCGCGAUGGCCGCGCCGCGCCGCGACCGCUGACCGCAGCGACCGACCGCGCCCGCCGCCCGACGCCCGCACACUCGUGCCGCUCCGACUCUCGCCCCACACCUCGCCGCGCCGCCGCUAGAUGGUAGCUGCGUCUCAUGGGCAGGCGUGGGGGAGGCGGGCCGCAGUAGAGAGUAUCGCACAGCAUGUGCGGCCCGGUCCAUGGGAUCAGAAGUGCCUCUAAUCAGGCGCCUGUCCCUAUGCGGAGCCGCACCACCCCUCAGAAAUGAGGUGUCGGGGGCGCAGCGAGGGCGCGAGCGGCAUGCGGCCCCGGCGGCAGACGCCCAUGGAGGUCGGCUAGCGGCGCGCGCGCACCCCCCGCGCCCGCGCCCGCGCGCCACUCCCCGCCCCGCCGACGCCAUGGACCCCGCUGACGUGCCGAGACACCGACCAUUCGCCUUCGAUAAGAUGGAAAGUUUGAUAAAAGAAAUGCAAGAUCCAGAAACAGGAGUGCCGGUACGAAGCCAGAAACUUUUUCUCAGUGUUAUUCCGUCUGCUUUUAUGGGUUAUGAUCUUGUCGAAUGGCUAAUGGAACGGUUUAAUCUCGAUGAGACCAGCAACGGUGAGUGUAUAGUAAGUGGCGCCGGCGGCUCGGCGUCCCGACGCAGGAUUCCCGUAGAGUCUAGCUAUAGUGAGAAGUCGUUCCCCCAGGCGUUAAUAUUUGAAGCAAUAAACUUAGCCAAUCAACUCUGCCAAUACGGAUACUUCUUUCCUGUCAACGAUUUGAAAAAUCUUGUAUUAAAAGAUGACUCUUCACUUUAUAGAUUUCAAAGUCCAUAUUAUUGGCCAUGGCAAGCGCCCAGGGUGGCCGGGAGCGGGUCGUGCGCCCCCACCCUGGGGCCCGACAACGUGGAGUACGCCAUCUACCUGGUGAAAAGGACACUGCGCAACAAGCAGCGGCACGGGCUCGAGGAGUACGAACAGGAGGCGUUGACCAACCUCAAGAAGAAUCUAGCCGCCAAAUGGGACUUCAUCACCAUGCAGGCGGAAGAACAGGUACGAUUGGCGAAGGAGCGCAAGAAAGGCGACAAGAUAGUGAGCGACAGCCAGGAGCGCGCGUACUGGCGGGUAGCGCGGCCGCCGCCCGGCGUGCCCAGCGCGCUGGAACCGUGCCCCGUACCCGUGCGUGUCCGCCAUCCGCGCCCGAAGAAGCGCACCAUACAGCAGCUCACGCGGGAGAUCGAACAUCUAAAAGCGAGCCUGGACCGUACGAGAGUGAAGACUUCAAUUGCCCUUGAGGCCCUAGUGGCCUACUCGGAGACCUUCGCUCCCUACGAUCCCUGGCUCACCCCGCCGCAGCCCUCCAAUCCUUGGGUCAGCGACGACACAAUCUUUUGGCAAAUUAACAGCCCUCUAGUGGAGGUGCCGAGUGAAAAGCGUGUACAGCGAUGGGCACUCUCCAUAGACGAAUUGGUGUCGGAUCCCACGGGUCUUCAGGAGUUUACAAGUUUUUUGCGCAAGGAAUACUCGCACGAAAACAUACGCUUCUGGCUGGCAGUCAUGGAUCUAAGACGAAGUAGCACAAAGCACAUACCUAAGAAGUUGGAGGAUAUCUACGAGGAGUUUCUAAAGCCUGGUGCGCCUUGUGAGAUCAACAUUGACGGUGCGACGGCCGAGCGCGUGAUGGAAGGGCUAAAGUCUGGCUCUCGCUACGCACUUGACCACGCAGCCGACCAUGUGUACGGGUUGCUGCUCAAGAAGGACUGCUACCCGCGCUUCGUGCGCUCAGACCACUUCCAGCGACUUCUAACGGAAGGCCGAAACGUACAUCAGAAAAAGGCCAAAUUCUUUAACUUCGGCGGGCAAGUUAAAAAGAAGCCUGGAUCAACAAGUGGCAGUGCGGGACCGGCGCUACAGAGACGACGCGGAUCUGACCGUUCCCUGUCUGGGUCAGCGCACGAGCUGGCCGUCUGCGCCGCGCAACCACCGCGCCCGCCAGACCCACCGCCCCACAGCCACAGCCAAUCCAACCUUGCUGACAUUCCAUUCCGGGAUCCUCUCGACGACGAUACGGCUGACGUCUUACCUUGGGAGAGUUCAUCCCGAGAAGGUGUCAGUGGUGCAAUCAGGCGGCGCCAAGAUUCAGCCGCCGACUCGGGCAGUUCAUCAUCAGACGUGAGCGCGGCCGUGGCGGUCGCCGAACGAACGCGCCGUUUGCCGCAACAGAGCACGUUGGACGGCGGGUUGAGAGGCGCGCCGCCUCCCUUGCGGCGACUGUCCGCCGUGGAGCCGCGGCACCUCGCGCCUCUCGGCUCUCCCCCGCACUCCCCGCGCCCUCCGCGGCCCGCGCCCGCGCCGCAGCCGCCUGCUGCUCCACCGCACCCGACGCCCACCAUCAGCGUUAGCUCCGCGCCCGACGACGAGUCGGCCGAUUCACCGCCGGGGACAGUCUCACCAGACGAGCCGCGCUCCAUCGCACAAUCCGACGAGCCGUCCUCGGUGUUCGCGUCCGCGGACGCGACGCCAACGGAGCCGACGCGCCCUCCGUUCCGGCCGCUCGACGACCGUAUACCGUCCACCGGUGACCGGCUCUCGGAGCUCGGUGACGAAGUGAGAACUGACGAACCACUAGUGAGUGUGACCGUGCUAACGAAAGCGGAAUCGGAAUCUCGCGAUGAUUCCACCGGAUCCGGUGCGAUGUCUGACUCUAGAGACUCUGAAAGGACGAGGUCGUCGGAGGACGACGUCGUUUCGGUGCGAGGAACGCUGUCCCGAGAACCGUCAACGAUGAAAGAAAUCAGUCCGGCCUCAAGUAAAGAUAUUAGUAGCAAAAUCGGCGAUCUUCCAGAGUGCCCACCCGAACGCGUCGGUUCGAUACCUGAGUCCGUGCGAGACGCCAAGGUGGAACUCGCGCUGACUGGAUAUGAGGCAGCGCAUGCGGCGCCGCCCGCUACCACGGCGGAGGCUCUGCCGGCGGCCGGGGCCCCUACGAGUGCGGUGUUGACGGCGCUGGCGCCUCAGCCAGCCGCGGUGGCACCUCAGUCAGCCGCGAUGACGCCUCAGUCGACCGCGGUGCAGCCGCAGUCAGCCGCGGUGGCGCACCAGCCACCCGCGGCGACAGUGGCGACGAGUGCGCGCGCUCCGGUGGCGCCUCUCGCCGUGUGCGAGGACAUCGGAGUCGACGACGACAACGUAGACAAAGUGCCUUCGGCGCCCCUGCAGAGGGUCUCGACAGUCUCCGAGGCGGAGUCCGAGUCGGACGCGAUGAAAAAAAUUGCUCAUAAAGACGAACUGUCGUCGGUCACUGAAUCCAAUAUUGUUAAGCGUGAUAAUAAUAAAAGCGGCAUCGGUGAGCGUAAGCAGCGGAACGACAUUUGUCCCUGGGAGGACGAGAAUUCCUGUGAGAGUGAUGCUCCAUUUGUUAAAACUUAUGCAACGCUGGGUUAUUUAUAAUUUUUGUAGAUGAAUAUCAAUAAUGUUUUAUGAUGGCAGGGUUAAAGAAAAGAAUAUUGAAUUUUUUAUCUUAGAUCUUUUGUUUUAAUUAUCACAGAGUUAGGCCAUUAUUAUGUAAUUAUAAUGAAUAUUUUAAAGUAAAUGAUCGUUAAUUAUUAGAAAUGUGUGUGUUUCAUUUAAUGGUAUCGUAACAAUGACAGUAAGAACCUAAUUAUUAUGUAUUUAGAUACAAAUAUGUACUUAUUUACAUACAUUUUUUUACGCUUGUGGCUGUUUUCAUAAUUUUUGGAAACAUUGAAAUAGGUACUUUUAUUUGGUCCACAUACUGUACCGAAUAGUAUCAAAAAUAAAUGAAUAGCUAGUAAUUAUAAAUUAUCUAAUUUAUUAAGAAACAUAGUUACUAUCUAUCUAUAUGGCAAUGUAUAUAUUUAAAAUAUGGUUGAAAUUGGCAUUAAAUACACAAAAACAACAAAAUAUAAACUUUAUUGCCUUAUUCUCUGGAAAAUAUCCAUAGGAACUUUGCAAAACAAAUUUAACAUGACAUCGCUGUUUUAUAAAUAAACAGUACUGUUGUUGGUUCUGUUAAAUGAACAGAGCAAAUAUACCUAGGUUCUUAUGAUGUUACGAAUUAUACGAAUUAUACCGUGCCUGCAAUAGUGGUAAAAUUACUUCUAAAUAGUAGCUCCGAGUAAACAAUAUCAUCUUGUAAAAGUAUAGACAACCACAAAUCAAGUUACCCAAAACUAACAAAUUUCUCCAAAUAAUAAUAUUCUUACUGAUGUUAUAAAUUAGAAUGUUUGUUUUUGAACGAAUUUGAACGGAUUAGGAUGAUUUUUUUUAAGUGUACACGCUUUUCCGGGGCAAAAAGUACUUAAGGGACUUAAGUUCCUGAGGGAUUCCCAAAAAACUAGAGUUAACGUGGACGAAAUCGCGGACCGCCGCUGGUUAUUUAUAAAAUAUUCACAAUCUAUUUAGAAAAUUUUACAAAUUACGGUACCUUGAUGUGUGGCUGUCUCUACCUGGCAACGUUGUUAGGCGCCUAAACUGAAUACAACUAUUGUAUCAAACCGUACCUAUUGUUGCCAUAGAAUGAUUACUGCAUGCUGCGAUACUAAAGUCGCUGUCAAUGUUAACUAAUAAUAUGACCGUUCCAAAAGAUCCCGCACAUUAAGACAGGCCGCAGCGGGUCGGGCACGCAGCGCAAAAAUCCGCUCAAAUAGCUCGUAUGUAUUCUAUAUGAACUACACUAUGCCGGGGCGCAACAGACCGCAUAUUAUGCGCCCCGCCAUAGUGUGCUAUAGCAAGUGGUUUGAAGUGCAUAUAGUUACACGGACGUCUGGCAGUACUCUGUACCCGGAAUCCGUCAAUGCGCUGUGACCCGGCCCGUCCCUAAUGUCCUAAGUUAGCAUUUUGCGAUACGUUGUGUCCAGUCAUAAUGUGCGCGAACCAUUUUAGGACACCGGGGGGUCAAUCGCCUAAUGGGAUUGCUAUGGCUAUCGCUUACGAUUUCAUUUUCUUAUUUUUGACCGCCGGAGAUUUUCAAAUGUCCCGCGCUUUUUUUCGUUUGCAUUGGUAAUAACCAAAUUAAAGAAAAUGACCGUGAGGUAUUUGAAAACUUUCGGCAGUCAGAAAUAACAAAAUGAAAUCGUAAGUGCUAGCGAUAGUCAUAUCAAUCCCUUUAGGCAAUUGGCCCCCUAGGGGCCGUUCGCCUAACGAAAUGCUUUAUGAAAACGCUAACGCUUACGAUUUCAUUUUGUUUUUCUAGCAGCCUGAGGUUUUCAAAUGCCUCCUUUUUUAUUUCUUUUGCAUUGAUAAUAAUAUCAAAAAAAACUAGCGUGGGGUAUUUGAAAACCUUCGGCGGUCAGAAAUAAGAAAAUAAAAUCAAAAGCGUUAGCUGUUUCCAAAGCAUUUCCGUUAGGCGAAUGGCCCCCUGGUCUGUGUGAUAUACAAGUCUUUGUCUAACAACGCAUUGAUAAGAAAGAAAAGUAUAUCGCACCGACUCGUCGCCCUUUGAACCAACGGCCGUUAACAAGACGCAGUCAGUGUAGAAGGUAAAGUAACUUGAAUUAAUCGAAUACUUCGCGGCACACACCAUCGGGGCCCAUCUUGAAUCCAGGCGGGCAGUUAGACGGCACAGAGAUCAUGUUCCUGGUCAUCACGGUGGGUUGCACCUCCGCGACCUCUUCCAAGGAGUUGGAGUCACCGCCAGUGCUCUGAUCCGCAGGUUUUCCGGCUGCCGCCUUCGCCUCCUCGACCUCAUCAGGAAAUACGAUGCGGUUACUGUCCGCCAUUUUGUU